AUGCUCGACGGCGGCAAACGGCGCCCGGGCUCGCCGCCAGGGCCAAAUCUGCGGCUACUCGCCACACUUUUCCUGCUGCUGCUGCUCUGCAUGCUGCUGCUGAUUCGCGAGCCCGACGGCGGCGGCGGCAGCGGCGGCGGCGGCGGCGGCGGCGGCGGCGGUGGGAUGCGGCCGUCCUCCCAGGUGGCGAGCAGCCUAGUGGCUCUCGCGGACCGCAACACGGCGCUAAUAUCACAGCUAGUGCGGACUGAGGAUGGCGCGGAUCGCCUGGUCGGCGGUGCGGCGCCGUCGCCGCGCCCGUGGCUGCGCAUCGCUCUGAUGUCGGUCGGCCGCUCCUCGGGCGCAGAGUAUUUGCUGCACGCUCUGCGGGCGCUGCUGCAGACGCAUCCGGCUCGUGUCUCGGACCCGCUGCGGUCCUCGAUCGAGAUUGUCGUCGUCAACAACCACGCUCCACCAGAGGCGCACUCGGUGCUCUUGCGCGCGAAGCAGCUGUAUGGCGGCCGUGUCGUGUUCGUGGAGAAGGAGGCGGCGGCGGCGCGGGCCUGCAGGGCGACGCCGAAGGUCAAGGGCGACGUGGCGAAGGAGCCCGUCUUUCGUCAGACCUGCGACCUGGUGGGUGGCCUCGAGGCGCUGCUUGCGAUGCCGCCCGCCGAUCACGUGCUGCUGAUGGAGGACGACUGGCUGGUCUGCCCGAGUGCGCUGCUCGCGCUUCAGUACCUGAUCGACAAGGCGUACGCCUACGACGAGGACUGGCUCGCGCUGCGCGUCUCGUAUGGGUUCAACGGGGUGGUGGUGCGCGGGGGCGCGGAUCUGCGCUCCCUGCGGCGACACCUCGAGUCCCACCCGUGGCGCCGCCCACCCGACCACCUGCUCUUCGAGUGGUUCUCGGGCGAGCGGCCAGACACAAAGGCGUAUGCGGCGGGGCGCAGCUACCGCGUGUUUCGUCACAACCUCUUCUACCACAUCGGGGCGCUGUCGACGCUCAACCAGCCGAAGACGCGCUUCACGCCCGGCUGCUACUCGCUGAUGUACGAUUGGCUCCUGCCCGCCGAGGUCUUCGACGAGAAGGCCUCUGCUGCACGACGGCGUCCGGCGUGCCCGCACGACGACGUCUGGCCGUGCACAGAGGCGGCCAGAGCGGGGGCGCCCCUCUUCAGUGCGCCGGACGGGGGCGCCGCGGGAUCCCCGCCGCGGCUGGCGUGGUCCGCUGCCGCUUGGACCCCGGCGCCGCUCGAGAUCCGGAGACGGAGACAACGACGCUCGUCCGCUGAUCCGCCAUUCCCUCCUCAGGCGCCCCUCAAACCGGCGGCGGCCGCCACCGCCUCGCACGACGCCGGCGAGGUUGCGAGGCGGUCCGAGUCGUGCGACGACGCGUGUCUGCGGGAGGGGUUUGCUUGCUCGCUUCAGGGGUUGCGCGCGCUCAACAAUUGCGAGAGCCUCAAAGCGCAUUUUGCUUGCGCGGCGGGCUGCGAGGCGUCCGAGGGCACGGACCAACCCGCCGAGGUCGUGCCUGACGCGGCGGAGAAGUGGGGGCCCAAGCGGUGCCUCAAGACGAGCGGGCCCGUCUCGUGCGUCGGGAAGCACGAGGCCACUGCGCGCCUUUGCGGGUGCGAGCAGGCUGCGGCGGCGGCGAGCGGGUAG